CGUAGCCUUAACAUAGUUUCUGUCUUAACAAGGAAAUGGAAUUUCAUUGGGAACCCCGUGAUUUAAAAUUGAGGUUUAUUUAUUCUCCCGUCGACUAUUUUGGGGGGUUGAAUAGAGACAAUGUAUUAUCUAAUUAAGUAGUGUCAGUUUCUUCUGUAAUUGUUGUCAAAUGUCAAACAAGUAUAGGCUACAGUUAUAAUAGGUAGCUAUAGCAGUGGCUAGCAAUAGUUGCGAGCUGGGUCUGGGUGACGCCGAACAAGUCGUGCUGAUGUAGGCAGCAGCAGGUUAGCGCUAACCGCUUUAUAGCCCAACGUAAACCUUGCUUGCUAGCUAGUUGACUGGCUAAUGUCAAGUCUGAAAAUGACGUCCUGGGAUAUCAGAAAAGAACACCUUCAUAAAUUGUCAUCAUCUGUGAUGAGUGAUUUUACACGGCUUAUGGACACCCUUCCAAACACGGAAUGGGUGAGAUUCGCGUCCCGGGUGUUGAGUGACCAGACCGAGUUGAGGUUAGCGGAGCAAAGAGAAAGGCGGACCGAUUGGAUCAUUUUGCGUUGGGAAAUGCGAAACGGAACAGUCGGAGACCUGCUAGACAUCCUAGAUGAACAGCAACUGUAUAGACCCAGAGACAUCAUCUUGAGCUGGAGACCGAGUGGACACCAACUACAGCUGCCCUAUUUCACUCCCUCUCCACUGCCAAGACUGGAUCCUCCUGACUCAUUCUCUAGGUUUACGCCCCCUCCCAAAAUCGUACAUGACAGAACUCAACCUAUCUCUCAACCAGGGGACCCCGGACUCAAGGUAUUGCCCACACCAGGCCCCCCUCCCCGGGAGUUGAAGUCUGAGAGUGUGCCUGUUGAGCAUCCACAGCCUAUGGCCCCUGUCAGCCUUGUGCUGUCCAAUGCUAUGUGCUGGCCAUUUGAAGAGGUGAAGCAUGGGACAGAUCACUUCUCUGUGGCACGUCUGAUUGGAGAGGGAGGGUUUGGACAUGUGUACCAUGCCAGCAUGAGGAACACGGACUACGCUGUCAAGAAGCUGAAAGAGGACUCUCCGAUGGACUGGAACAUUGUGAAGGAGAGCUUUAAAACAGAGGUGGAGAAACUGUCUCGGUACAGACACACAAACAUAGUGGAGCUGAUGGGUUACAGUAUUGGAGGAGGAACAUACUGCCUCCUCUACACCUUCAUGCCUCACAGAUCCCUAGAGGAUCAGCUUCAAAACACGGGCAGUGCUGCCCUCUCCUGGCCUCAGCGUGUCAGUGUGAUGCAGGGCACAGCCAAAGCCAUCCAGUUCCUUCACUCCUGCACUCCUGCCCUCAUCCAUGGAGACAUCAAGAGCUCUAACAUUUUGCUGGGGAAGCACCUGGAGGCCAAGUUGGGGGACUUUGGGCUUGCCCGGUUUUGUUCUGCUCCAGGUAGGUCAUCAGGGAAGACCACCAUGGUGGCCCGAACCAAGACCGUGAGGGGCACCCUGGCCUACUUACCGGACGAGUUUAUUAAAAGUGGGGAGCUGGGAGUGGGCAUAGACAUCUACAGCUUUGGAGUGGUUCUGCUAGAGGUUUUGACUGGCCGAAGAGCCCUAGAGUUGGACUGUCAAUCAAAAGCAGUCUACUUGAAAGACCUGGUGUUGGAGGGGGAGGAUGAUGGGAGCUUGACUAAAGGGAAGUCCAGCCUAGAUCUGUCACUUCCCCCUGCUGCCACUCGCAUCUGGAAGAAUCAUCUGGACCUAAGGCUUAAAGCUGAGUGUGAGCCAAGUGGCACUCCAGGCCCUGGAGCCUGGCCUGCAGGUUUACCCGGGUCCCUGGACCUGGCUGGGCUUGCCUGCUGCUGUCUGGCGCCCAGGAAGAAGAGGAGACCCCCUAUGACUGAGGUGUUCCAGAAGCUUAACGACGUUCAUACCAGUGUGAAGGCCUCCAGCAGCGGAGCUUCCUUCAGUCAUCACUUCUCUCCACCCACUUCCUGCCCAUCAGUACCCAAGCAGCCUAUCUCUACGGUCUCUUCCUCCACAUGGGCAUUGACACAAGACAUGUCCAAGUUAGGCCCCCUGGAGGACACAUACGACUGCCACCCUGCUCCGACUUCACUUCCACCACCACCACCACCUCCACCACACUCUGCCUCUUCUUUCCUGGGGCCGUGUGAGUCGGAUGAGAGCCAGGGUUACACCCAGUAUACCCCCCACCAGACCAGCAGCAGUUCCAGGGAAGGUGGGGCCGAUGGCGGUCAGUGCGGACCCUCUGCAUGCUACUCGCCGGCUGGCUCACUAAGCUCUAACACAGACACAGCAAUGUACAACAGUGAGGUGGAAAUGAACCCUUUCAAACAGCGCUUUCUCCACAAGUUGGAACUUCACAAGGAGGGCAGAAUCCCCACUGAUGAGCUCCUGUCAUCUGAUAACCUGUAUGUUGAUAUGGACCAACCACAACGAGGACCUGAGGAGAGUGAUGAGCUAGCAUACCUCUCUGGAGAGUCUUGUGAGAGUCCUGCAAACACUUCCACCAAGAUGAUGGACAAGCAAACUGAACAGAAAACGACAUGACACUGCCAUUGCAUGUUAAAGUCAAACAGUUAACCACAGCUAUCAUGAAGCUCUAAUCACUUAUGGAGUAAAUAUUAAGCGCAGCCCCUCAAUGAGGGUUAGAGAUGUACAGUACUGCAGGUGUAUUCCAUUUACAUUUCGGAACUAUGGGCAGUUUGGGACGGAUGCAAUUCUGAAGUGAGUUGUUGCUGAAAAUGAAUUGCCAGUACAGGUACUGAAAUAUAUCAUUUCAAAUAUCGCUGUUCACGUAUCUAAAUUAGUUCUGGCAUUGCAAAGGGAAAUGGUUUACAGGCUUCAUUAAGUCUAUGUUCUGCUGUGAUCACUGUAGUUGCAUAAGUGUUACUAUAAUGUGAGUGAUAAUCAAGGCCUAUGUAAAUGAAAUGUAUAUCGAUGUGUUGAAGCACAGUAUAGUUUUUGUUACAUUUCUAGACUUUUGGACAUUUAAAAUAAAAUAUUUUUCAGUGGACCACUGAUGAAGGAAAA